GCUGCGCGAAACGCGCGUACAGCAAGCCGGGUCCAGCCCAAUCUAAUCCACCGCACGAAACGUCCACUCUGUCAUCGGCGACGCAGCAGCCAUGGGGAAAAAAAACUCCAAACUAAAACAAGACACCAUCGAUCGCCUGACGACAGCCACCUACUUUACAGAGAAAGAAAUCCGGCAAUGGCACAAAGGUUUUCUGAAGGACUGCCCGAACGGGUUGCUAACAGAGCAGGGUUUCAUCAAGAUAUACAAACAAUUCUUCCCCCAGGGUGAUCCCAGCAAAUUUGCCUCGCUUGUGUUCAGAGUGUUCGAUGAGAAUAACGACGGUUCCAUAGAGUUCGAAGAGUUCAUUCGGGCACUGUCGAUUACUUCGCGGGGCAACCUAGACGAGAAGCUGCAUUGGGCUUUCCGGCUAUACGACGUCGACAAUGAUGGUUUCAUAACGCGCGACGAGAUGUACAACAUUGUGGACGCAAUAUACCAGAUGGUGGGUCAGCAGCCACAGACCGAGGACGACAACACGCCGCAGAAGCGGGUAGACAAAAUCUUCGACCAGAUGGACAAGAACCACGACGACCGGCUAACGCUGGAGGAGUUCCGCGAGGGCAGCAAGGCGGACCCGCGGAUUGUGCAGGCGCUCAGUUUAGGCGGCGAUUAA